AUGGGUAAGUCUGAACUAGGGAUUAUCGACGAGAGCAAGACUUUAUGUCGGACAUUGCUUGAGACAACUCAGGCGCAGCCUCAGGAUUGUUUGUUUCGUUCCGAUGUCUUCGAAUCAACCUGUCGGAUGGUCAAGGAUAGAAACCAGGCAAGAGUCAUCCGGGAUAUCGCGCCAUUGAUUGUUCCACCAGCGGAAAUCUUUUACAUAUAUGGUGCCGGCCACCUCAAACAUCUCAUCGAGAGCGUCAAUGAAGGAUGGAACAACUCGAUUCCUCUUACCAGUACCCGUCCCCAGCCCGACUACUCUGUUGGGUUUAGACGAAAUGCGUUCACCGAGAACCAGCUCGCCAAGCUGUCACCCUUCAUCGACGACUUCAUCGCCGGGGACCAGUCCUUCUUUAUGGCCACGUGCUACAUGUACUUCCCGUUCCUAACCGGCGAGGUGAAGUGCGGCGCCGCGGCGCUCGACAUUGCAGACCGGCAGAACGCCCACAGCAUGACCCUUGCGGUACGGGGCAUCGUCGAACUCUUUCGUGCUGUCGAGCGCGAGGAUGAGGUUAACCGGAAGAUCCUCGCCUUCUCCGUCUCGCACAACCACCAGUCAGUACGGAUCUAA